AUGAUAUGGAAGCUGUUUAUCAUCGAAAAGAUACGAAAAGCAAAGGAUUUCAAGAGAUGGGACUUGGUGGACACGUGUAUUGCCUCGUCAAAGGUAUGCAAGCGGAAGAGCGAAAACGAAACGCCUCGAUGGACGACCGAUACUGGAUUAGCUAAGAUAAUCUGCCUAUUGCGUUUACUCCACGUGGCGAAAGACCGCUCGGGACGUCCCUAUCCGAUCUAUCACAAUGAGUUGAUGGAAAAUGUUCAUAAUUAUGAUCGAAGGACUAUUCGUUUGGGAGAGAAGCUAGACGGUGAGUUGCUGAAACGUUCGAAGGUGAAAGCCGAAGUGAUUCGAAAUGGGAUGAUGGUGUAUGUCGUGCUCGAAAAAGAGAUUGUCGAUUUGAUAGAGGAGCCAAACCUUGUCGGAAGUAUCAAACCAAAGGUUUGUAAUGAAGUGAUGGGUUCACUUCUUAAUCCAGUCAUCGCUCCACUACAUUUCGCAGAAGAAUAUGAUGGCGAAAACAACUUGUCAAUUACAAGCGGGACUUAUUCGACACACGAUGCCCAAUCGAUAACUUCUUAUGGAACAAGUGAUGGAAUCAAACGCAUCGAUUCUCGAGCGGAUCUGAGCAUCAAUUCUCGAGCGAGCGACGGAUCAAUCAAUCAAUCAGCAAGCAAGCGCUUUGAGAUACGAGGAUUUGGUGACGAGAGCCAUGAA